GCGCAUGCGCUGUUGGUCCUCCUGUCAGGAGGCAAACAUGGCGGCGGGAGGGUGCCGGUGUUGCUGCUGCUGCUGUUGUGGAGAAGAAAGGGGGAGCUGCACCCCGGAGGAGCUGACCAUCCUUGGAGAAACAGAAGAAGAGGAAGGCGAGAUCCUGCCCCGCAAGGACUAUGAACCCUACCUGGAAGUUUUGGAAGGCCUGGACAACAAGAAAGGCCGGCGCUACGAAGCGGUCAAGUGGACGGUGGUGUUUGCUAUCGGGGUCUGCACUGGGCUGCCAGAGGCGGCCGGCUCUGGGAUCCCUGAAAUCAAGUGCUACUUGAAUGGCGUGAAGGUCCCGGGGGUCGUGCGCCUGCGGACCCUUCUCUGCAAGGCCCUGGGGGUGCUCUUCAGCGUGGCUGGAGUGGACUCUUUUGGGGGCUCACUGACCCCUCAGGCUUUGCUUCGUAGGGACAAAAGGGACUUUGUCUCGGCCGGAGCAGCAGCCGGGGUGGCAGCGGCCUUUGGGGCUCCCAUUGGUGGGACACUCUUCAGCCUGGAAGAAGGAUCUUCCUUCUGGAACCAAGGCCUCACCUGGAAAGUGCUCUUCUGCUCCAUGGCGGCCACCUUCACGCUCAACUUCUUCCGUUCUGGGAUCCGCUUUGGAAGUUGGGGCUCCUUCGAGUUGCCGGGGCUGCUCAACUUCGGGGAGUUCAAGUGCUCGGAGUCGGACAAGAAGUGCCACCUGUGGACGGUGGUGGACCUGGGCUUCUUCAUCCUGAUGGGGGUCCUGGGGGGCCUCCUGGGGGCCGCCUUCAACUGCCUCAACAAGCGCCUGGCCAAGUACCGCAUGCGCAACGUCCACCCCAAGCCCAAGCUGGUCAGGGUCUUGGAGAGCCUCCUGGUGUGCCUGAGCACCACCCUUGUGAUCUUUGUCGCCUCGAUGGUUUUGGGGGAGUGCCGUCCCCUCUCGUCCGCCAAUCACGGAGAGAACACCUCACUCAGCCUGCAGGGCUCGUCGUCCGAGGAAGUCAACUCCAGCAUCAAGACCUUCUUCUGCCCCAACGACACCUACAACGACAUGGCCACCCUCUUCUUCAACCCCCAGGAGUCGGCCAUCUUGCAGCUUUUCCACCAGGAGGGGACCUUCAGCCCCGUCACGCUCGCCUUGUUUUUCCUCUUGUACUUCUUGCUUUCCUGCUGGACUUACGGGAUUUCAGUGCCCAGCGGCCUCUUUGUCCCUUCGCUGCUUUGUGGCGCGGCCUUUGGGCGCCUGGUGGCCAACCUCCUGAAAAGCUAUAUCGGCCUGGACCACAUCUACUCGGGGACGUUUGCGCUGAUCGGAGCAGCGGCCUUCUUGGGCGGCGUGGUCCGGAUGACCAUCAGCUUGACCAUCAUCCUGAUCGAGUCCACCAAUGAGAUCACGUACGGACUGCCCAUCAUGAUCACGCUGAUGGUGGCCAAAUGGACCGGCGACUUCUUCAACAAGGGCAUCUACGAUGUCUACAUCAACCUGCGGGGAGUCCCUUUGCUGGAAUGGGAAACGAAAGCCGAGAUGGACAAGUUGCGAGCCUGCGACAUCAUGGAGCCCAACCUGAUGUAUGUCUACCCGCACACGCGCAUCCAGUCCCUGGUGAGCAUCCUGCGCACGACGGUGCAUCACGCCUUCCCUGUGGUCACUGAGAACCGGGCCUACGAGAAGGAGUUCAUGAAGUGGGACCAGCUCAUCAGCAACAACAUCAAGUUCAAGAAGUCCAGCAUCCUGACCAGGGCCGGUGAGCAGCGCAAGCGAAGCCAGUCCAUGAAGUCCUAUCCAUCCAGCGAGCUGCGCAACGUUUGCGACGACCGCGUAGCAACAGAAGAGCCUUCGGAAACAGAGGACAUGCUGCAACAGAUGCUAGAACGAAGAUAUACUCCGUACCCCAACUUGUAUCCGGACCAGUCGCCCAGCGAGGAGUGGACCAUGGAGGAGCGCUUCCGCCCUUUGACCUUUCACGGCCUGAUCUUGCGCUCACAGCUGGUCACGUUGCUCGUGAGGGGUGUCUGCUAUGCCGAGAACCAGUCGAGUGCCAGCCAACCCCGGCUCUCGUACGCAGAAAUGGCGGAGGAUUAUCCCCGCUAUCCGGACAUCCAUGACUUAGACCUCACUCUCCUGAAUCCCAGGAUGAUUGUGAGAACAGAAACUCCAUAG